AUGCGCGGUCUAGAUGAAAGCACCGAAGUCCUCGUGCGCACUGGCCAGAAAGCCCAGGAGCAAGUGAAACAUGCCUGGGAUGGCUUUGUUAACUUUGCCGCGCGGGAUAACGUCUUGGAGGUCGCGUUGGGUUUGAUCAUCGCAAAUGCAUUCACCAAAGUGGUGACGUCGUUUGUAUCCGAUAUGGUUUUACCGAUCGUCUCUCUUCUUCCAUUUCUGAACAGAAAUAUGGACCAGAAAUUCGCGGUGCUUUCCAAAGGUCCUAAUUUCAGCCAUGAGAUAGGGUACAAUACCCUCCGCCAGGCGAGAGAGGAUGGGGCGCUAGUUCUUGCCUAUGGAGUGUUCAUCGAGACACUUCUCAAUUUCCUAGGUGUCAGUUUGACGCUGUAUGCAGUGGGACAUAUAUACAUGUUCAUCUUUCACAACAAGAUCAUUAAACCGACCGUUCGGUGUCCGUACUGCAAGCAAUACAUCAGUGAGCAGGCAAUUCGCUGCCGGCACUGUUCGACGUGGCAGGAUGGAAGAGAAGAUGAGCCCAAGAGCGACAGUAGUUCCGACCAAUUAUUGACCGUUCCAUCAAUAUCAUGA